ACUAUCAUUAAAAGCAAAGCAAAAUCUCAAAAUCCUUAACACCCGCUCUUCUAACGGUCCAUUUUUCCUUAAACGGCUCUGGUCUCUCUCAAAUCUCGAUCAAUUCUUUUCCAUCAACUUCAGACCUUAUUUAUCGCAUUUUCUUGGAACAAACUCAUUUUUCUCGAGAAAAUUUACAUUGAACUUCUACUGUUCAGCACGAGUUCUAUUAACAUGUCUAAUGUUCAGAACGAUCCGCUUCUGCAAGUGGAAACAACCUGUGGAUCCCUUCUUUUUGAGUUGCAGGUCAUUUGGGAUGAGGUUGGGGAGUCCGAUACUGAUAGAGAUAAAAUGCUGCUUGAGCUUGAACAAGAAUGUCUUGAAGUAUACAGAAGAAAGGUGGAUCAGGCAAACAGGAAUAGAGCUCAGUUAAGGCAAGCAAUUGCUGAUUCUGAAGCUGAACUUGCGGCUAUUUGUUCUGCUAUGGGAGAGCGACCUGUACAUAUUAGGCAGGCUGAUCAAAAUGCUGGAAGCUUGAAGGAAGAACUUCAAAGGAUUCUUCCACAACUUGAUGAGAUGCGGAAGAGGAAAUUAGAAAGAAGAAAUCAGUUCCAUGAGGUUUUGGAAGAAAUACAGAAGAUCUCAAAUGAGAUAUAUGGGUCAGCUGCUCAUUUAUUCAUUGAUGAAGCUGAUCUUUCAUUGAGAAAACUUGAAGAGUUGCACAGACAGCUGCAUGCACUUCAAACAGAGAAGAGUGAUCGCUUGAAGCAGGUUCAGGAGCAUCUAGAUACUUUAAACUCACUCUGCUUAGUGCUUGGUAUGGAUUUCCAGCAAACGGUUAGCGAGAUUCAUCCAAGUUUUGGUGAUACUGGAGGAUCCAGGAACAUAAAUACUGAUGCAAUUCAUCAUUUGUCUACCACAAUACUCAAAUUGCGAGAUAUCAAAAUUCAAAGAAUGCAGAAGCUCCAAGAUCUUGCAACUACAAUGUUGGAGCUAUGGAAUUUGAUGGACACUCCAAUUGAAGAGCAGCAAAUGUUCCAGAACGUUACAAGUAAUAUAGCAGCUUCAGAAAAUGAAAUCACUGAACCAAACACUCUAUCUGUGGACUUCAUCAAUUAUGUUGAGACGGAAGUCUCUAGGUUGGAAGAGUUGAAAUCAAGCAAGAUGAAAGAUCUUGUUCUGAAGAAGAGGUCAGAGCUGGAAGAGAUCUGUAGAAAGACACAUAUGAUUCCAGAAGCAGAUACUGCAAUGGAAUAUGCCAUAGAAGCGAUAGGGUCUGGAGAUGUGGACCCUGCAAGUGUCCUUGAGCAGAUUGAACUUCAAAUAGCUAAAGUUAAGGAAGAAGCUUUUAGCAGGAAGGAAAUCCUUGAGAAGAUUGAUAAAUGGUUGGCUGCAUGUGAUGAGGAAUGCUGGCUUGAGGAGUAUAAUAGAGAUGAAAACCGAUACAAUGCAGGAAGAGGAGCUCAUCUUACCCUUAAGCGUGCAGAAAAGGCUCGUGCUUUGGUUAAUAAACUUCCAGGUAUGGUGGAGGCACUGGCAUCAAAAACCAUAGCAUGGGAAAAGGAAAGAGGCAUAGAGUUUUUAUAUGAUGGUAUUCGCCUUCUUUCUAUGCUUGAGGAGUAUACCAUAUUACGGCAGGAGAAAGAGGAAGAAAAGCGGAGGCAGCGGGAUCAAAAGAAAUUGCAGGGACAGCUGAUAGCAGAGCAGGAGGCACUUUAUGGCUCAAAACCAAGCCCUUCAAAGACUCAGAAUGUGAAGAAAGCUCCCAGAGUUUCAACUGGAGGUGCAAGCAACAGAAGGCUCUCCCUUGGAGCAGCAAUGCUUCAAACUCCUAAACCUGAUUUAACUCACUCCAACAAAGCUACACCACAUGCACGUCCUGGAAAGAAAGUUGACCGAAUUCACCAAUAUGACCCUUCAAAUCAUCGUCAUGAUGAUGGCUUUGCAGUGUUAUCAGCUGGUAGGAGAGGUUCGGAUAUUGCUGGUCUUCCUGCUAAAAAACAUUCCUUCAGUUCUGUAAAUGGUCAUGAAACAGACUCCCCAAUGCUGCGGAAACCUUUCUCACCUAUUUCUUCCACAGGAUCAUCAAAAGCCAACAUCUUAGAAGAUAUGAUCACAGCAAAAACUGAGACAACUAAGAAGACACUUGCAACCAAUGAACAACAACUCUCCUUCACUGCUACUACUCCUUUGAAAACUUAUAUCCCAGAUGAAGAGAACAGGACUCCAAAGGUUAUGCCAAUUCCUGUGCCGACAACCCCUGCAACAUUGUCUAUUCCAAUGCAGACGGCGAUGACCCCAGCUCCCCCUCCACCAGUCCCAUGUGGUGCUGCUCCGGCAGAAGAGGUUCCUGAUGAAAUUGAGUAUUCGUUUGAGGAAAGAAGAGCUGGAUUUGUUCUUCCCAGAACUCAUAUCAAGUCAAUAAAAGUUUGAUGUAAGGUUGAGUUCUGGGUGAACUUGGAAUGUAGCUGUUGUUAUUGAAGGUUUGAUUUUGUUGGUAAUAUGGGAUAAGUCAAUUUGGAAUUGGCUGUUUUACCAUUGUGUAUAUAGUCUACGAGAAUUAAACGUGGACUAGAUUGGUUUGUUUGUUAAAAAUGUGAUGCUGACAGAACAGAAGAUUAGGUUUAGUUUCAAUUCUUCUUAUUAUUGUUUUUCAUUUG